AUACGAUGCAUCAAACCCAACGAGACCAAGAAACCCAGGGACUGGGAUCACGACAGAGUCAGGCAUCAGGUGGAAUAUCUCGGCCUGAAGGAGAACAUCAAAGUUAAGCGCGCAGGGUUCGCCUACCGCCGUCCCUUCCAGAAGUUCCUGGCGCGGUACGCGAUCCUGACGAAGGAGACGUGGCCGCACUGGGGCGGCGCCCCACACGAGGGCAUCUCCAUCAUCAUGCGUCAUGUUAACAUGGACCAUACGCAGUACCAGCUCGGCAAGACCAAGCUCUUCAUAAAGGACCCCGAGUCGCUGUAUAUGCUGGAGGAGUCGCGGGAGCGAAAGUUCGACCACUACGCGCGCGUCAUCCAAGCUGCCUUCAAAAAACAUUUCAGCAAGAAGCGGCAGCAGUGCGAGAAGGAGGCGGCGGCGGCGAUGCUGCAGGGGGCGAAGGAGCGGCGCCGCUGCAGCCUCAACAGGAACCACUACGGGGACUACCUGGGGNGAGGCUGGCAGGGUUGGAGAGCUGAGGGAGGCUGGCAGGGUUGGAGAGCUGAGGGAGGCUGGCAGG